AUGGCUCCCCUCAAGCUUACCAACAACAAUCUCGCGCAGAUUUCCGCGUCCAGCCAGGGCGAAACCCGGGUGCCGACCUACCAGCGCGAUGGCGCCGUCAAGGAGGGCAUCGUCCAUGUUGGAGUCGGUGGCUUCCACAGAGCUCAUCUGGCGGUCUACGUCGACCAGCUGAUGCAGAACCACGGCGUGACCGACUAUGCCAUCUGCGGUGUUGGCCUGCAGCCCUUUGAUGCCGCCAUGCGCGACGCCCUGAGAUCGCAAGACCACCUCUACACGGUCAUUGAGCGCUCGGCCAAGGGCAGCGUCGCCCACGUUGUUGGCAGCAUCAACUCCUACCUCUUUGCCCCCGACGACCGGGAGGCGGUCAUCGCCAAGAUGGCCCACCCCGAUACCCACAUUGUGUCGCUCACCAUCACCGAGAGCGGCUACUACUACAACGAGAACUCGCACGAGCUGCAGAGCGAGCACCCCGACAUCCAGUUCGACCUCGACCCGGCCAACGAGAAGACCCCCCGCACCACCUUUGGCUUCCUCUACGCGGCCCUGGCUCGCCGCCACCAGCAAGGCCUCAACCCCUUCACCGUCAUGUCGUGUGACAACAUGCAGAAGAACGGUUCCAUCACCCGCCACAUGCUCGAGUCGUUCGCCCGUCUGCGGAACCCCGAGAUCGCCAAGUGGAUUGCCGAAAAGGGCGCCUUCCCCAACGCCAUGGUCGACCGCAUCACCCCCCAGACAUCCCCCGCCGACAAGACGGCGCUGGCCGAGAUCUUUGCCAUUGAGGAUUCAUGGCCCGUUGUCACAGAGCCUUUCAUGCAGUGGGUGAUCGAGGACAAGUUCUCUGACGGUCGCCCUGCCUUCGACAAGGCCGGUGUCCAGCUGGUCAAGGAUGUCCACGCGGUCGAAGAGUUUGAGAAGCACAAGCUGCGUCUGCUCAACGGUAGCCACUCGGCCAUCGGCUACCCCGGUCAGCUUGCCGGCUUCCAAUACGUCCACGAAGUCAUGGCUCACCCCGAGUUCAACAAGUUCGUGUGGCAGAUGAUGCAGGAGGAGGUGAAGCCGCUGCUGCCUCACAUCCCGGGCGUCGACAUUGACGAGUACUGCAAGACGCUCAUGGAGCGCUUCUCCAACCCCACCAUCAUGGAUCAGCUGCCCCGUAUCUGCCUCAACGCAUCUGGCAAGAUCCCCCAGUUCAUCAUGCCGUCGAUUGCCGAGGCCAUCUGGGUGACUGGUCCAUUCCGUCGCCUCUGCUUCGUCGCGGCCGCUUGGUUCCGCUACGUCAACGGUGUCGACGACAGCGGCCAGACCUUCAAGGUCGACGACCCGAUGCGCGAGGAGCUCCAGGCCAAGGCUCGUGCCGGAGGCACCAGCCCGAGCGAGCUGCUCCAGAUCAAGAACCUGUUCGGUGACGACUUGCGGAGCGACAAGCGCUUCCUCCAGGAGGUCACCACCGCGAUGGAGGACAUUGCCCGGGAUGGCAUCCUCAAGACCCUUCCCAAGUAUGUUUACAACUAA